UGACGACUGUAAGAUGUGUCGUUUCAUGGAAAUUCUAUCCUAAAUAAGUUAACCUAAAGUUUGCCAAAUUUUUACGUGUAAAAUUUAUAUUAUCGCGGUAUAAGAGAAGAUUAUUUUAUAAUUUUAAUUGAUAAAAAGUAUUCUUUGAAAUAAUUACAUCAUAUUAUGAAAAGAACACUCUAUUAAAUUAUAUAGCAUGCCGAAAGAACUCUGAUACCUGCCACCUGUCAAUCUUCCACUUGUGCUAAUAUUCUACAACAAAUGUUAAUCUUGAUAUUAUCUAGCUUGCUAAGAAAAUCAUGGAUAUCGAGACGGAAAAUGUAAUAAAUCUGGUAUUUCCAGAAAAUAUUCCAGAAUCGUGGAAAGAAAAUCCUGAAUUUUAUCAGUAUCUCUUAAAACUUGGUGGCUAUGAUGUAGAUCAGCUGAGUAAAGAACCCGAUCAUUUGUCUGAUGAGAAAAAUGCAGUGCUUCAGACUACACAAGAGCUGGUUUUUGCGAACUACAAAACUUUUAUCCAGACAGCAGAAAGUUCGAGAGAGAUACUCAAUCAUUUCAAUGAGACUGAAAGCCGUCUUGACAAGCUUGUACAAAAAAUCCCAAAAUUUAUAGAAAAGUGUCAAUCAUUUUGUGAUGCUUCAAAGGAUAUUAAUGCACAUCGAAGAUUAAACAGCUUAACACUGACACGAAAUGCAGAAUUACUCGAAAUUCUUGAAAUGCCCCAACUAAUGGAAUCAUGCUUGAGAAGCAACCAAUAUAAUGAAGCAUUAGAAUUGUCUCAAUACGCCCGUCAAUUAGGAGUGAAACAUGGAGAUAUUCCUAUUAUUUCGUCUAUAGUAGCAGAGAUUGAAAGCAGCUGGUCAGGAAUGGUAGGACAAGUAGUCGGAUCUCUAAGAGGGGAUCUACCACUUCCAAGAUGUCUUCAGCUUGUAGGUUUGCUACGGUCAAUGGAUGCGUUUACAGAACCAGAACUUCGUAUAAAAUUUCUUCAAGCAAGAGAUAGUUGGCUCCAAGGCUUGUUAAACGCGAUACCGAAAGAAGAUCCUAAUCUUCAUAUAACCAAAACGAUAGAAUUAUCUAGGAUACACUUGUUCAAUAUAAUAACUCAAUACAAAGCUAUGUUCAAUGAUGACGAAUUAGUAAUCCCCGGCCGCGACUUGACGCUAAAUGAAUCCGCGAUAUUUUAUCAUUGGCUGGAGGAAAAGAUAUCGCAAUUUCUUGGUACAUUGGAGCAAGAUUUACCGGGUGUAACGUCCAUAGAUUCUAUUUUAGGCCAGUGUACGUAUUUUGGAUUAUCAUUUGGUCGAGUAGGCGUCGAUUUUACUGGUCGAAUAUCGGAUAUAUUUGUGCGAAUUAUCGGUGAAAAGUUUGAACAAGACAUUCGUAGGACAACCAGGAAGUUUGAGAAAGACAUGGAAACGUUUACAUUGAUCAACAAAACGCAACGGCUCGAUAUAAAAGCAGAGACUGCAAUUAUCUCUGAAAAUCCGCCUGAACAAUUGGUAGAAUUUUAUCCUUUAGCUGAAUAUUGCAACGGAAUAAUAACAGCUUUCAAUGAAUUGAGACUCUGUGCACCAGUGGCAUUCUCUACUUUAUGCACAAAAUUGCUGCAGGAAUCAUUGCAUAAUGUGGCGAAAGCUAUGCUAUUAUUUUACAAGCAAGAACAGCAAGCUUUUGCAGCAGCAGAACGAGAGAAUAUGAUUAAAUUCACGGAAUGUUUGAGCGAACAAUUGAUUCCUUAUAUACAAUAUUGUAUACAUUUGAUUUUUCCACCCAUUCAGAUUGCAAUGCAUUUAGGAAUAUCAGUCAAUGUACUCCAGAAAGAGGAAGUUACAUAUUUAAAUAAGCAGAGUAUAUUAGAACCAGUGGCUACACUGUUGCCUGUUAGAAAAGAUCCUUUAAUCUCCAAAUUAUGCGUGUCUAAUAUACAGCCAGUAACAUCAUAUGAUGCAAAACUUUCCUUUACAACAGUAAUAUCUUCGCCAACAGAAAUUGUGGAUUCUACUUCAAAGACUAUUGUAUUUGAAAUGGAAGAAACAAAAGAGAAAGAGGUUACUCAAAAGGGAACGAUAUCGAACUACAAUGUACAAAAUUCGUAAAAUUUUGUUGAUAAUAUAAAUCAAAGUAUUUAAUUGUUAAUUUUUGAACACACAAUAUUGCUUGCUAUUCUAUAUAUAUGUUGAAGGUAGUGUAAAUAAAAAAAAUUUGAAGGUAGUGUAAAUAAAAACAAUUUUUACGAUUCUGGA